AUGGAUAUCGCCACAUCCUCGCGCGCCUACUUCGCCAUGCCCUCUCCCACAGCAGAGGAGAAGAUCUCCCUCCAGGCCUCAAACACAGUCUACACCUACCACUGCCUCUGCAGCCACCUCUUGCUCGCAACCACCACACCGCUCCCCUCGCUCCCCACACGGCAGAAUUCCCGCGACAAGGCCCACAUGAUGCCCCUCCCCCCACCGCCCUCCCCCAACGCUAGGAAGGACUCGCAGCAAAGCACCGACCACUACGGGCUCCUGCUCUCUACGCGACAGGAGCGCGCCGCGGAGAUCAUCACUAGCGACGAGGGCUUCGAGAAGCGCUACCUGCAGCGCUGCGGACGCUGCAACCUCACCGUGGGCUACCAGUUGGACUGGCAGCAGUUCUCUGCCGACCGGGCUGGCCGACGCGAGGACGUGGUGUUCUUGCUGCCGGGCGGCUUCAUCACGACGAGCGACAUGAUCAUGGGGAAGACGGGGGCCGUGUCCAGUGGCGGCAUUGCGACAACGCUUGCUGUCACCGAGGUCAAGGUGUAG